AGCCAUCUUUGAAGAUAUCUCAUUGCAAUAUUCUUUAACUACCAAGAGAUUCUUUCUGCCUAUCUUGCAUGUGGUGUAUAUAACUAUUAGGCGUUGAGAAGGCAGAACAAACAUCUUAAGCUCUCUCAACAUAUUUUCUUUCACCAAGAAACAGAGAGCUUAAUAUACACAAUAAUGGCAGUCUCUUUUCACGUUCGCUCUAACAGUUUCCCUUCUAGACUUCACCCACAAGCUACACAUGUCGAUGAGCAGUUGGCCCGAUUAAGAUCUUCGGAAGAAGCCUCAACAUCUUCCAGCUCUUCUAUCUGCCAAAAACUUGACAACAUUCAGGAUCUUCACGAGUCUCUUGACAAGCUUAUUCGUCUACCUGUCACACAACAUGCUCUAGCUCAAGAGAAGAACAAGAAAGCCGUCGAGCAGCUUCUUGAUGGAUCUCUAAGGAUCUUGGAUUUGUGCAACAUUUCCAAGGAUGCUUUGUCACAGAUGAAAGAGGGCCUCAUGGAGAUCCAAUCUAUUCUUCGAAGAAAGCGUGGAGAUCUAUCUGGAGAGGUUAAGAAAUACUUAGCCUCAAGAAGAUCCCUAAAGAAGUCAUUCCCAAAGGUUCUGAGAAGUUUGAAGGUUAAACAAGACCAGAAGUGUAGGGACAUAUCCUUGGCAGUGUUUGUGGAAGCAGAAGCUGUCACAACUGCUCUGUUUGAUUCUAUCCUUAGCUACAUGUCUGGAUUAAAGACUUGUAGUAAAUGGUCAGUCGUCUCAAAGCUAAUGAACAAGAAGAAUGUUACAUGUGAAGCACUAGAAAAUGAAUUCACAAGGGUGGACUCCGAAUUCCAAUCUGAAAAGACUUCGAAGAUGGAAGAUGUUCAGAUACUAGAGUCAUGCAUUCAAGAUCUUGAAGAUGGCCUUGAGUCUCUCUCUAAGUCUUUGAUCAAAUACAGAGUCUCAAUACUUAACAUCUUAGGCCACUAACGCCUGCAAAAUUUUGUACAAAAAGGAACUAUAUCUAAAUAUGAAUAUAUUCAAGUCUCAAUUUUAAGCA